UUUCCCUGCAAAAGACUCACAUCAGCGUCAUCAAAGCUUAGAUUUCACCCACAACUCUAUCGAUAAAACCGUUCGCUGAGAAAAAAAUAAAAGUUUCUUCAUGGCUUCCUUGUGCCGCGGCUAUUCGAAGACCCAAAUGUGCUUCUUCAAAAUUCUCCACAUAAUUUCUUCCACUCCACCCUCUACAGAACAACGGCAAGAACAACAAGAAUCCUUUCCCAGCAAAGGGGUUGGCAUCGAUUUGAAUCUCAGAUUCUCUUCCCUCACGGAAUCAGAAUCUUCUAGAACCGACAGCGCCUCCGCCACGCUUCAAAACAGCAUCGAAGAAGAGCAAGAAGAAGGGUUUCCAGAUAAGAGCUUUCAACUUUCAGAGAAACUUGACCACAACCAAAAUCUUAACAACGAAGUUAACGACGUUCAAACAGCGUCGUUUCAGGGAUGCGAUAGUAAUUUUCUCGAUUUGCUUAUAGAAGCGGCGAGAGUCGUCUCUGGAAAAGACGAGUCCGACUCGGAGGAAGAGAGGGGACUCGGUACCGAGUCAACGACUCUGAAAGGAAAUCAAGAGAAACGGAAAGAAAGGUGGGUGGUUGUUGAUAUAUACGGCGACGUUUUGGAGGAGAGAGAACCGGUGGUCCGGUCCAAGCGAGGGAGGAACCAAGCGUUGCCGUACCGGUUCAGAGACUCGGUGGUCGAACCGUUGAAACGCGCCACUCGUUCUCAGAGACCGUCGUCAACCUCACACCUUACAAAACGACUUCUUAGGUCGUCAUCCACAACGUAAAACGCAUGAAUGGAUGGUUAUGUUUCUGUGAUGGUUCUUCCGGAAGCCCGUUUGCAGCUACGAUAUGGAAGUGAUUUUGGAAAUCUGAUAAAAACAGGGGAGACAGAGAAACAGUGGUGGGAAAAUGCAUGUGUUUAAGUCAUUGGAAUUUUAUAGUUGUAUUUAUUUGAUCUGCGAGAACAAUGUAUGUUGUCGGGUUCAAAGUUCACACAUGUAAAGAAAGUAAGGUAGAAAGGUUUUUAUUGUUUUGGGUUACUGUGUUAGAACUUACAAGGUACGAUCUUUCAAGCUGCCAUAACUUCUGAUUAUGAACACUGCGAACUGUGUAGUUUAGGGAAUUGAAUUCGAUUCAAUGGUAUCUGCAUGUGAUGUGAUGUGACAGAAAAAUGGGGUUUUUUUUUUUUU